CUUCUCCUAUUCUUUCGAUUACUUGCCACGGUCUCAACUAUGUCUCGCCGUGUAUUAUUCUCUCUUCUCGCGCCGCUACUUGUCAACGCCGCACUGCUACCGAGAGGUGGUGAUGUUGCGGUCGGCGACAAAUGGAAGAACCACAACGAUAUCAAGCCUCUUCCUGCGCUUCCGGAUGACGACAUCAUGGGUGAUUUAGAAGUCCAAUACUCACCAUUUCUUUUCUCCUGGCAUGGAUGCAUCCCUUACGCCGCUGUGGACGCCGAUGGCUACGCUGGGUAAGUGCUGACCCUGGGCUGGAUAUCCUCAACUAACCCACGACAGUUCUGGACUAAAGCC